AUGGCUACUGCUGCAACCCUUCCAUCCCACGGCACCACCGGCUUUCUUGGUGUGUUCGGGGGCACAAAGGAUGAUAAGCCCGCCUACAUUGACUUCCCGAACAAGGUAGCCAACAUUAACCCUCCCGCGAACAUCUCCAUCGUCGCUGAGGACAUACGAUAUGCCCAGCCCAAGCCUUCUUUCAAGACCCAUGGCUACGAAUUCCUUGAACGCAAGUCUGUCUGCACUAGCGAGGAGCUAGCAAAGGGAAAGACCGACCCAAACAUCAACAAAUAUCUCUAUGAUGUUUACAUGCCCGAGGUGGCCAACAUUCUGAAAGAGGUCACUGGUGGCACCGAGGUCAUUCCCAACGAAUUUCGACUCCGCAACCAGGUCCAAGACGGAGGAGACAUUGUCGCCAACAAGGUCGGGUGGGGCAACGUCAACGUUGUGCAUGUUGAUCGAGACCCGAGUAACGCUGAAGUACGCCUGGGAACCAGCCUUGGUGAGGAGAGAGCCAAGGAGCUCCUGGCCAAGUACAACCGCUGGGCCUCUGUUAACCUAUGGCGCCCUAUUGGCGAGACCGUACAGAAGUGGCCUCUCUGCAUGGUCAACACCACUAAAGUCCCUAACUGGGACUAUGAGACUCACAUGACGAAGGUCCGCAACAUCGGAGAUCCAGCUGAGAAGGAGAGAGGCGAAAAGACCCAUGAAACGGUUCUACUCCCGCCCACGUCUGAGACGCCAUACUUCUACCAGUAUGCCAGCCAGAUGACACCUGAUGAAUGUCUGAUUUUUACUUCCUUCCACACUGAUGCUUCCAAGGUUGUCCCUCACGGUGCUUUCUGGGACAAUAGCUCGCCAGAAGCCGCACCUCCUCGCCGCUCGAUUGAAGCUCGCUGUUGGGUAUUCUGGGAUGAGAAGGAUCUAUACAUUUCCUUUUGUCAGUAG